AUGUCUGGAACACUAAUAAUAAAGCCAUUAAGUGCAAAAUUGACACACGAUACUGAAACAUUUGGAAGAAUGGAUCCAUUUUGUUUAAUUAGAGUAGGAAGUUAAACUUAAAGAACUCGCUCACAUACAGAUGCUGGUAAGUACCCAUCAUGGAGUGAUUCUCUUUCAUUCCGCAGAACUUCAGAACUUAUUGCUGAUGUAGAGGUUUGGGAUAAAGAUGAAGUUAGCAAAAAUGACUUGAUAGGUCAAGGAUCAUUGGCUUUAUAAACAUAUUUCACAAAACCAAAUGGAACUGAAUGGGUUACCCUGACUUAUAAAGUAUAUUUAGUUUUAAUAUAUAGGGUAAAUCUGCUGGAUAGGUUUUAAUCGAUGUUUAGUUCUUUCCUGAUGGUGGUGUUAAACCACCUAUGAUGCCUGGUUACUCACAACCAUAUUAUCCACCAAACCAACCUUAUCCAUAAUAGCCAUUAUAUCCUCCAUAACCAAACUAUCCACCUUAAUAACCUUAUCCACCUUAAUAGCCUGGCUAUCCUCCAUAAGGAUAUCCAGCAUAAGGAUAUCCAUAACAACCAUAUCCACCAUAACCAGGAUAUCCACCAUAGCCAGGAUACCCACCAUAAUAACCAGGAUAUCCACCUUAAUAACCAGGAUAUCCACCCUAAUAACCAGGAUAUCCACCUUAACCAGGCUAUCCACCUUAAACAGGCUAUCCUCCUUAAUAACCUGGAUACCCAUAAUAGCCUGGCUAUCCACCUUAACCUGGAUACCCUUAAUAGCCUGGUUAUCCAGGUUAUCCUCAAUAAGGAUAUCAAAAGCCUUUUUGAAAUAUAAAUCAUUAUUAAGAAAAAAGUAAC